CACAAGGGGGAGACAGAGAGGGAAGAGUUGGUCGGGCAGAUCCCUGACAUGGAGGAGAUGUGUAACAUGUAUGAUACAUUGUGUUCCUUACUGGCACAGGAAUCACAUGGAGCUGCACUGUGUGGGGCUGAGGGGGCACAUAAUGAGGGGGGCACAGAUGGGAUAAUGGCCCCUGGAUUGGCUCAUACUGUGCUGGGUAUAAGGACACUGAUCUAUGGGCAGGAGGCUACAGACCUGUUACUGGAUAUAAACACGGCUCAUAAUCAUGUAUCUGUAUCAGGGGACAGGAAAUCUGCUUCCUACUCACUAACACAACUACAUUACCCACAAUCCCCAGAGAGAUUUCAGGUUUAUACUCAGACUUUAAGCAGCAGGAGUUUCCCCUCAGGGCGACAUUACUGGGAAGUGGAGGGAAGUGAAUCAGGGGACUGGGGGGUAGGGGUGGCCUAUCCCAGUAUAGAGAGGAGAGGGGGACAGUCCUGUAUUGGGCAUAAUAACAAGUCCUGGUGUUUGUGGAGAUGGAAUAAUAAUAAAUAUACAGUGAGACAUGACAGUAAAGAAACAAAGUUACCCCACAUCCCUUCCUGCAGGAGAAUCAGGAUCUCAUUGGACUAUGAGGCCGGACGUCUGUCCUUUUAUGAGCUGAGUGAGCCAAUCAGACACUUACACACCUUCACUGCCACAUUCACUGAGCCCCUCCAUGCUGCAUUCUGGGUAUUGGAGUCUGGUGUCUGUGUGAGAAUCAUUAGUUAGGGCACAGGCCACUGUAGAUUUAGAAGUAAAAUCACAUUCCUCUCGGGCUCAUUUAGUGACCACGUCCCUAUAUCACGGCCCUUUUUAUAAAAUUUGUCAGGAAAGUCUGAACACAUUUAUGGAGUUUUAGGGCCAUGUUUUAUGUGUUAUUACAGAUUUGCUAAUGAAGAGACCUCUCCCAAGAGACCUGCUGAUCUUAUUAGUUACAAUUGUAUCUCAGUGCAGGUGCUGAGUAUUCUGGGAUCUGACAAAAGUCUCCUUAUCUCAUUCAGUUUGUGAAACUUUGUUACUUUUCCUGCUCAUUCAGUGUCAGGGAUCAAAGAGAAAUGUGAGAUGUGAAUAAGAAUUUGGGACUAUGGGCUGAGCUGUCACAACCAGAACUGUCCUGUGAAUGUACAAUAUACAAUAU